AUGCCUGCGCGCCUACCGACGCCUAUCCGUACGCCCCAUUCCGUUGGCGCCGCUGAAACCCGAGCUAGUGGCUCUUUAGAGGCUUCGUACUUUUCCCCCCUUCGCCAGGUAUUGUCAGAGUUCAAUUCAAGUCUUGUCCAAACAAGAAGUACUGGCUACAGGGGUCGCAAUCGGGGCGCCAUCCCGUACAGAUCCGGUCGUCGUCGACGAGAAUCCACCACACUUGACUGUGAAUCUGCAGCAGGCGAGGCACCAGGGCUGCAGGGUGGUCUGGGCCAGCCGGAACAAACACGGAUCAAGGCCAAACCGAUGCAGGCUUGCAGUGCUGGCUCCUGGUCCGUCUCCGGGGUCCCUUGGCCGCUGCCGCCCUGCUGUGGCCGUUCCUGGUGGAACCCACGGCCGACCAGGUAG